GAGCAGGAGGCUGGGCCGCCGGCGGGUUUUAACGGGGCCGUCCCGGGGGCCGGGCGGCAGAGCGGGAGGACGGCGGCCGGGCAGGAGGAUGCAGCCGGACCUCCCCGUCGGCGACGCGGCUCUGCGCAGCCCCCCGGCCCCCGAGCCGACCGGCGGCUCCUUCCCCAGCGCCGAAGCCACCAAACCACCCUACAGCUACAUCGCCCUCAUCACCAUGGCCAUCCAGAGCGCGCCCGACAAGCGCAUCACGCUCAGCGGCAUCUACCGCUACAUCAUGGGCCGCUUCACCUUCUACCGCGACAACAAGCAGGGCUGGCAGAACAGCAUCCGCCACAACCUGUCCCUCAACGAGUGCUUCGUCAAGGUGCCCCGCGACGACAAGAAGCCCGGGAAGGGCAACUACUGGACGCUCGACCCCGACUGCUACAACAUGUUUGAGAACGGCAGCUUCUUGCGGCGGCGCCGGCGCUUCACCAGGAAGAGGGGCUUCUGCCACACGCCGGGGGACGAGGGGGACGAGGGGCGCGGGAAGCCCCCCAGGCAGCGGGCACGGGGGCCGACUGUCGCCACGCUGCCCGAGGAGGGGAAGGACGAGGGGGGCUACGGCUCGGCCCUGGGCACGGGGCGCCUGCCGAGCCCCCCCACGCUGCCCGAGGGUGCCGGGGCGCCGGGGUGCGCCGAGCCCUGCGCCCGGCGGCAGCUGCCCAAGGGCGGGCAGCCCUGCCGGUACCUGCCCGACGUGCCGCAGCCCAAGGGGCCGUUCUUUGCCGCCCACGAGAGCCGCCCGCCCAAGGAGACUGUCUUCGGGGGGCUCCCGGCAGCGCUGCCCCGGCCAGGUCAGUACCCGCUGCCCAGCGAGCGCCCGGCGCCUCAUCCUGCCCUUCUGCCCACCCAGCCCAGGGACCCCCCCCAGGACUCCCCGGCCCCCCCGGGCACCCCCCCGGGGCAGCUGGAAGGCGAGGAGCUGCCUAUCCCAGGGCUAGGGCCAGGCCAGCCCUUUGGGCAGGUGCCCCCAGCGUUCCCCGGCACCCUCCUGGGCACGGGCAAGCCCCCCCCGUCCUGUUUCCUGGAGGGGGAGGGCUAUGCACAGCCCCCCCUGCCGGUUUUCGGCUCCUUCGGCCGGCCGGGGCCCGAGGCGCUGGGUGGCAGCUUCCAGUGCCGGGUGCAGGCGCUGCGGCUCUGCGUGAAGGAGCGGCCAUGCAGCGCUGCGCUGGAGCAUCUCCUGGCCGCGACCCCCCCGGCCCCCACUGCCUCCCGCCAGCCUCCCUUUGGGGCCGUGGGGCCGCGGGUGGGUGAGCAGAAGGAGCCGUGGGGGCCGGUGGGCACCGUCCCGCUGCAGGGGGCCGGUGGGUACCCGCUGGGGCUGCCCCCCUGCCUCUACCGGACACCCGGCAUGUUCUUCUUCGAGUGAGGGACGCCCCAAGCACCGAAUAAAGCACAUUCCCCAACGCUGC